AUGUGUCAUUCUAAGAAUCCUGCGCUAGUGGCCGAGCUUGCCAUCGGAGUACACGGCUUGUUUGUUUCUGUGAGGCUUCCCUUGCAGACAUUCUCGGCUCAGACGGUGAUUCCCUGCAUGAUAUGGAUUGAGGAUCAGGGUUCGGUGCAGGCCACGGUCUACGGCGGUCAGUGA